UUAACAAAACAGCUAUAUAAAUUGUACUUGAUAACUGGAACGUUAGUGAAGUACAAGUUAUAUAGAACAUUUUACAAUAUUAUAAAAUCAGAUUCGGAUAUGAUUAUUAAAUUGUUUUAUGUCGUCUUUGUUAUAACAUGUUCAACUUUAGUCUCGGCUUCGUAUGAAGAUAAAAGAUGCAAAUGUGUGUGCCCCAGUCCAGCCGCUGUCCUCAACAACACAGUGGGUUCAGACCGGAAGUUAUACAUUGGCAAUGUCCCACCCAAUAAAUGUAACUGUGAUGGCGUUAUUCUUCCACGAGUAGGUGAAUUAAUCAAAGGCCGUGAGCAAGAAUUUUGUCCCCGCUGUGAAUGCAAAUAUGAAAACAGGAACACCACAAUUAUAAAGGUUGUAGUCAUAAUUGUAAUUUGGGUUAUUAUGCUUCUUGUGGCAUACAUGGGAUUCCUCAUAUGUCUGGAUCCCCUCAUCAACAAACGUGCAAAAGCUUCAUACCAAGAGCACACUAAUGAGGAUGAUGAAAGUACAAUCAGUGAGCCAUCACAUCACAUGGGUACCCGAGGAAAUGUUCUGAACCGCGUCACACAUCAGCAAGACAAAUGGAAGCGCCAGGUCAGGGAACAGCGCCGUAACAUUUAUGAUAGGCACACUAUGCUCAAUUAGGAAAGAGCUAUGGUGACGAGUCGAUUAACCAACCCGAAAUCUGAAUAACAUUUGUCAUUUUUUGUUUACUUAUAAAUGAAAUAUUUAUUUAUCAUGCAGUCAUUAUUUAUAUUAUUUACUUUAUUAAUACAAUGUUUAUCAAUUCCAAUUUACACCAAUUAUCAUCACUCAACUGAUAAUUACAAUUGACACUCUCUCUAAGUCCCUUAUUGGUACAACUUCAUUUAGGUUGGUCAAUCAAUGUGGGCCCAUUAAUGAAAUAAGCUAUGUAAAUUUGAAUGUUCAUCAAGAUUUUAUACAAACAUAUUACAUGUUCAUAUUAUACACCUUAGCUUAUAUAGCAUUGCAAAAGCCAAAAAAAAUUGCUUGGUAAUCACUGGAACUGUUAUUGUUCAUUGAGAUGUAAUAAAUGUAAAUGUUAUAUUCCACAUAUACAUGUUUCAUGUUAAAAUAAGAAACAUUUUGAGAUCUACAAAUUAACUUAGUUUAUAAAACAUUAGGAUUCCAUAUAAAACAUUGUAAAAUAGAAACAUUAUAGUAAAUUAUUUUGUGAAAUAGUUUGAGAGCCGUGGUUUAGCCAUAAUAAAUUCGAAUUAAGAAGAAUUUUUAAUUCCUUAAUAAACUAAAAUACUUUCUCUACAACAUUAUCUUUACUGAGUAUCAUAUAUAGAUGUUAUUUAAACAUACAAUAUAUUAAUAAAUAAAUUAAUAACCAAACAGUUCUAAGUGUCAUAAAUUUCACUGAUCUUUUUGAUUAUUCAUUUAUAAUCACUUAGACCUAUAGCUUUAAUAUUACAUAAAAACAAAGACACCAACAAUUACACAUCAAUAGAAAUAAAUAAUCAGCCAUUUAUCACUAAAAAACUCACGAAUCUUAUUAAUAUUUAAUCUUGUAAGCAUUAAAUAAAUAAAUCACCAUAUAGUAGUUAAUGAGUCUUUUCUUUAACUUACUCAUCAGGAUCCACAACCAUCAUUAAUAAAUUUUCAGACUGCAAGAAAACAAACAAAAUGUCUAUUUAGUGUCCUAAUGUUACUGUGUAACAAUGAUUUGAGUUAGACUUCAGCAUUUUACUCCUUAGAUAGUGAGAAAUAUUUUACAAUAUAAAUUAAAAAUAAAAAAAUAUUCAUCGCUUUCUACUCACCUCCUCAAUAUCUCCCUUAUUUUGAUUAUGUUGUGUUUGUUUCCUACUUAUUAAAAAUUCCAGGAACACCAGAAAAAUAUAAUAACCUACUAAUAGCAUCACCAUCCAAACUACUAAUAUAACCACAACCUAGAACCAAAAUUUUGUUUUAUAUAAAUGAACUUUGCAUACAGAGAUUACUUAGCUGAUUAAUGCAUAGGAUAAUUUUAUGCCCCAUUUAGAAAAAAAAACUUAUUUUUGGAAAGGAUAUUGGUUAAAUAAAAAUUACCAGUACACUACUGGUGGUAUUACUAGAUGAUAAAAAUAUGUAGUUUCUCAUAAAACAAAUAACCUAUAUAUUUUCCAUUCCAAUUGUGAGACAGUUUUACAAAAUCAUGAUGAUGGUGUCUUUGAAAAAAAUAUAAGACUUGACACUUAGGACUUUCAAACCCUUUAAUAAUUAUUGUGAUUUUAUUUCAGCAAAUUAUGUUACAAUAAUUACAUUUUAUGUUAUAAAGUUAGUUUAUUGAGUAAUUAACCUAUCUUUGAAAGUGCAAAUGUAGGAAAUUUGAUUUUAAAACUGCACUACGUAGUUCCUCAUGGUUUAAUUGCUAGUUUUGCUCAUGGUCUAAUUAUGAUAUUGAUUCUAAAAACAUAGAAAUGGAAAUAAAGUUGUUUAUAUGUAAA